CUGUCUCAGUCGGGCGCAGCCGCCGCCAGGGAAAAGAAAGGGAGGAAGGAAGGAACAAGAAAAGGAAAUAAAAGAGAAAGGGGGAGGAGGGGAAAGGCAACGAGCUGUCUGGCCUCCGUCAAGGGAGUUGGAGGGAAAAAGUUCUCAGGCGCCGCAGGUCCGAGUCCCUCGCAGCCCCUCCCGAGGCGCAGCCGCCAGACCAGUGGAGCCCGGGCGCAGGGCGGGGGCGGAGGCGCCGGGGCGGGGGAUGCGGGGCCGCGGCGCAGCCCCCCGGCCCUGAGAGCGAGGAGAGCGCCGCUCCCGCCGCCCAGCACCGCCCGGCCCGCAGCCGUCGCCGCUUCUCCACCUCGGCCUGUGGAGCCGGGGCGUCCGGGCGGAGCCCUCGCUCGCCUGGUUUAGGGGGUGCGCGUCGGGGGAGGCAGAAGCCAUGGAUCCCGGGCAGCAGCCGCCGCCUCAACCGGCCCCCCAGGGCCAAGGGCAGCCGCCUGCGCAGCCCCCCCAGGGGCAGGGCCCGCCGUCGGGACCCGGGCAGCCAGCACCCGCGGCGACCCAGGCGGCGCCGCAGGCACCCCCCGCCGGGCAUCAGAUCGUGCACGUCCGCGGGGACUCGGAGACCGACCUGGAGGCGCUCUUCAACGCCGUCAUGAACCCCAAGACGGCUAACGUGCCCCAGACCGUGCCUAUGAGGCUCCGGAAGCUGCCCGACUCCUUCUUCAAGCCGCCGGAGCCCAAAUCCCACUCCCGACAGGCCAGUACUGAUGCAGGCACUGCAGGAGCCCUGACUCCACAGCAUGUUCGAGCUCAUUCCUCUCCAGCUUCUCUGCAGUUGGGAGCUGUUUCUCCUGGGACACUGACCCCCGCUGGAGUAGUCUCUGGUCCAGCAGCUACACCCACAGCUCAGCAUCUUCGACAGUCUUCUUUUGAGAUACCUGAUGAUGUACCUCUGCCAGCAGGUUGGGAGAUGGCAAAGACAUCUUCUGGUCAGAGAUACUUCUUAAAUCACAUCGAUCAGACAACAACAUGGCAGGACCCCAGGAAGGCCAUGCUGUCCCAGAUGAACGUUACAGCCCCCACUAGUCCACCAGUGCAGCAGAAUAUGAUGAACUCAGCCUCAGGUCCUCUUCCUGAUGGAUGGGAACAAGCCAUGACUCAGGAUGGAGAAAUUUACUAUAUAAACCAUAAGAACAAGACCACCUCUUGGCUAGACCCAAGGCUUGACCCUCGUUUUGCCAUGAACCAGAGAAUCAGUCAGAGUGCUCCAGUGAAACAGCCACCACCCCUGGCUCCCCAGAGCCCACAGGGAGGCGUCAUGGGUGGCAGCAACUCCAACCAGCAGCAACAGAUGCGACUGCAGCAACUACAGAUGGAGAAGGAGAGACUGCGGCUGAAACAACAAGAACUGCUUCGGCAGGUGAGGCCACAGGCAAUGCGGAAUAUCAAUCCCAGCACAGCAAAUUCUCCAAAAUGUCAGGAAUUAGCACUGCGUAGCCAGUUACCAACACUGGAGCAGGAUGGUGGGACUCAAAAUCCAGUGUCUUCUCCCGGGAUGUCUCAGGAAUUGAGAACAAUGACGACCAAUAGUUCAGAUCCUUUCCUUAACAGUGGCACCUAUCACUCUCGAGAUGAGAGUACAGACAGUGGACUAAGCAUGAGCAGCUACAGUGUCCCUCGCACCCCAGAUGACUUCCUGAACAGCGUUGAUGAGAUGGAUACAGGUGAUACUAUCAACCAAAGCACCCUGCCCUCACAGCAGAACCGUUUCCCAGACUACCUUGAAGCCAUUCCUGGGACAAAUGUGGACCUUGGAACACUGGAAGGAGAUGGAAUGAACAUAGAAGGAGAGGAGUUGAUGCCAAGUCUGCAGGAAGCUUUGAGUUCUGACAUCCUUAAUGACAUGGAGUCUGUUUUGGCUGCCACCAAGCUAGAUAAAGAAAGCUUUCUUACAUGGUUAUAGAGCCCUCAGGCAGACUGAAUUCUAAAUCUGUGAAGGAUCUAAGGAGACAUAUGCACCUGAAAUUUCCAUAAGCCAGUUGCAGUUUUCUGGCUAAUACAGAAAAAGAUGAACAAACGUCCAGCAAGAUACUUUAAUCCUCUAUUUUGCUCUUCCUUGUCCAUUGCUGCUGUUAAUAUAUUGCUGACCUCUUUCACAGUUGGCUCUAAAGAAUCAAAAAAAAGAAAAAAACUUUUUGUUUCUUCUGCUAUUAUAACUACUGUUCAUUUUGGGGGCUGGGGGAAGUGAGCCUGUUUGGAUGAUGGAUGCCAUUCCUUUUGCCCAGUUAAAUGUUCACCAGUCAUUUUAACUAAAUACUCAGACUUAGAAGUCAGUCAGAUGCAUUAUGUCACAGCAUUUAGUUUGCUCACCAGUUGUUUCUUCAGCUGCCUUUGGCCAGUGGAAAAACAUGAUUUACUGGUCUGACAAGCCAAAAAUGUUCUAUCUGAUAUUAAAUACUUAAUGCUGA